ACCCAACUCCCUCUCUCACUCAUUAUUCCGGGAACCGUCGGAGACCACAACGCGGUAGCUCCUGCGGCGGCGCCACCAGCUUCAAGUCGGAGCUCCAUAUCCGAAGGCUGAUAGCAAAGCAAGAGAAGAAGAUCCAAAGCUUACCGGGACCAUGAAUCAUCUCCGGAACCUGAACGGAAUCACCAACCGCCGCAUUCUCUCCAACGCUAGGUGCUUCUCCGGUGCAGCUAAAGAACACUCUUCCCUGAACCGCAAUGAGCUCGCCAAGUUCGCUGCCAUCGCUGAAACCUGGUGGGAUUCUGAAGGCCCGUUUAAACCAUUGCAUGCUAUGAAUCCUACAAGACUUGCUUUCGUCCGGUCUGUGCUAUGUCGGCAUUUUAAGAAGGACCCUUAUAGUGCUAAACCGCUUGAAGGACUUAAAAUUGCUGAUGUAGGUUGUGGAGGUGGAAUUCUUUCUGAGCCCUUAGCUCGAUUGGGAGCUACAGUGACGGGCGUUGAUGCUGUAGAGAAGAAUAUCAAGAUUGCUCGACUUCAUGCUGAUUUGGAUCCAACAACUUCAACUAUUGAGUAUUGUUGCACAACAGCUGAGACACUAGUUGAAGAAGGAAGAAAGUUUGAUGCAGUUAUGGCCUUGGAGGUAAUUGAGCAUGUUGCAGAUCCUGCAGAGUUCUGCAAAUCUUUGUCAGCAUUAACAAUUUCAGAUGGAGCUACUGUCAUAUCGACAAUCAAUCGCUCUAUGAGAGCCUAUGCAACUGCCAUUGUUGCUGCAGAAUACAUCCUCCGCUGGCUUCCUAGAGGCACGCAUGACUGGUCAAGUUUUCUCACUCCAGGGGAACUAGUCCUGAUCCUGCAACGCGCUGGUAUCAAUGUGGAAGAGAUGGCCGGAUUUGUGUAUAACCCCUUGACAGGACAAUGGUCUUUGUCAGAUGAUAUCGGUGUCAAUUUCAUUGCCUUUGGUACCAAAACCAAAAGCACUGAAUGAUUAGGAAAAAUAUAAUACUUACCACUAUAAAUUGUUCAUAGUAAAUUUGUUUUGGCUGCUGAAUAAACAUUUGAAUUAAAAUAGAACGUCUCUUUUCUUUGACUUUA